AUGCACACGGCGGGCGCUGAUGGUCAGUACAGAGGGACGAAUGGAGCAGCACUUGGACGGGACAAAGUGGCUAUAUUGGACGCAGGGUCACAGUAUGGAAAGGUGAUAGAUCGCAGAGUCCGCGAGUUAUGCGUGGAGUCAGAUAUUCUACCGUUGGACACUCCGGCGUAUCACCUCAGCGAGGCUGGGUACAGAGCGAUUAUCAUAUCUGGCGGACCCAAUUCCGUGUACGCUGAAGAUGCGCCGAGAUAUGAUGCUGAUAUAUUCAAAAUGGGAUUGCCUGUUUUAGGUAUAUGCUACGGUAUGCAGAUGUUAAACAAGGAGUUUGGUGGGUCAGUGCUACGUAAAGAGGCACGUGAAGAUGGACAGUAUGAGGUGGAGAUUGAGACCACGUGUCCCUUGUUUAAUCGUCUAGAAAAAUUACAGCCGGUACUUCUAACACACGGUGACAGUGUGUCGAAGGUUGGCGAAAAAUUCCGCGUUGGAGCUCAGUCCUCCAACCAUCUGAUUGCGGCGAUUUAUAACGAGCCAAUGCGUCUUUACGGGGUUCAGUUUCACCCAGAGGUGGACCUAACACCCAAAGGCAAGCAAAUGUUGUCCAACUUCCUGUUCGACAUAGCGGGCAUGUCUCGUACGUUCACGUUGCGUUCGCGUCGUGACGCGUGCGUACAAUACAUACGGGAUACCGUUGGAGAUAAUAAAGUGCUGGUUUUGGUGAGUGGUGGUGUGGACUCGACAGUGUGUGCGGCUUUGCUUCGGACUGCGCUCAAAGAAGACCAAGUUGUAGCACUUCAUAUUGACAAUGGUUUUAUGCGUAAAAACGAGAGCUCGAAGGUGGAAAGGUGCCUCCGUGAGUUAGGGGUUCGUUUACAUGUCGUCAACGCGGGACAUCAGUUUAGACAAGGCAGUACAACGGUCCGAGAGGCGGGUGGUCGCUCUCGGCACACGCCUUUACUGUGCCACACAGUAGCCCCGGAGGACAAGCGGAAGAUCAUCGGGGAUGUCUUCAUGCAGGUUGCGGAACAGGCUGUCAGGGAUCUGUUGAAUGUACAAGAGGACCAAGUGCUCCUCGGCCAAGGAACUCUCCGUCCGGACUUGAUAGAGUCGGCCUCUUCGCUGGCCUCAAGCAAUGCGGCCACAAUCAAGACACACCACAAUGACACGGAACUGGUGCGCGUGUUAAGGCAACGCGGCAGAGUCGUGGAGCCGCUCAAGGACUUCCAUAAGGACGAGGUUCGCAUACUAGGCGCAGAGCUGGGUCUGCCUCCGGCGCUAGUAGAGAGACAACCGUUCCCGGGACCGGGACUCGCCGUACGGGUAUUGUGCCAGGAUGAAGCCUUCGCUGAUAGGGACUUCGCCGAGACACAGGUGAUAGUAAAGAUAAUGGUGGAGUACGCGUCUAUGUGCGUCAAAUGUCACGCGUUACUCGGUCGCGUAUCGAACGCGACGACGCCAGUUGAACAAACCGAGUUAAGGCGCAUCUCAUCGACUGGGCCUAUUGUCGCGACACUUUUGCCUCUGCGCUCUGUGGGAGUACAAGGAGACGGACGGACAUACAGCUACGCAGUAGCCCUAUCGACAGAACGCUACCCACCCGAUUGGAAGGAUAUGCAAUACUUGGCGCGUAUCAUUCCGCGCGUCUGCCACAAUGUUAAUAGGGUGUGUUAUGCGUUCGGCGGAGUAAUAAAGGAGCAGAUAACAGAUAUAACACCGACUUUCUUAACACAACAAGUGAUAUCUACAAUUCGUCAGGCAGAUGAUCUCGCCACACAGGUGCUAACAUCGAGCGGGUACAUCAACCGCAUCGCGCAGAUGCCCGUGGUGCUGAUCCCCAUCCACUUCGACCGAGACGCGGCUCUUCGGACACCUUCGUGCCAACGCUCGCUGGUGCUUCGCCCCUUCCUCACCUCGGACUUCAUGACGGGAGUCGCGGCUCUGCCCGGCAGUGACGUCAUGCCGCAGGAUGUGGUCGACAGAAUGCGCAAAGAGCUGAUGACAGUACCGGGAAUAUCUCGUGUUCUCUACGAUCUGACGCCCAAACCCCCAGCCACUACUGAAUGGGAAUGA